UGUCACGUAAAAAAAAAAUAAAAAUAAAAAACAAGAGAAAAACAACAGUAAGAAAUAAUGCAUUGUUAAAUAACCUGUGUGAAAAUAAAAACGAACAAGUGAAUAAACAGAGGCUGAAUUAUUUUAUUAAAUUUAAUAAUAGUGACGUUAAAAAAUGGGGCUGUUUAAUCUCAGAUGGAAUAAUCAUGUCUCAAAUGUACUUCAGAUGUUUAUUGAACAUUAUUCAUCUGAAUCAUUUGUUGAUGUUACAUUGUCUUGUGAAGGGCGUUUCAUCAAAGCUCACAAAAUGAUUUUAUCAGCGUGUAGUCCAUACUUUCAGGAGUUGUUUUUAAAUCACGAUGCAAAGCAUCCAAUGAUUAUUUUUUAUGGAAUGAAAUAUGAUGAUCUUCAAAGCAUCAUAUCAUUUAUGUAUAAUGGAGAAAUUGAAGUUGAAGAAAGUGAUCUUGGUGAUUUACUUGCUGUUGCUGAGACUCUUCAGGUCAAAGGAUUAUGCAAUAUGAGAGAUAAUAAUGAAAUUACAAAUACUCAGGCACAAAAUUUAGAACAACAACAGCAUCAAAAACAAAAAAAAAAUGAUAAAACAAUUGAUCCAGUUAUACCAAGUUUAAAAAAUUUAAAAAAGCGUGAAAUGAUUCCCGAUUUGAGUGAUAUUGAAGAGGAAAAAAUAAAUUCAUCUAGUAAAAAAAAAGUAUGUUUUGAACGAAAUAAAAAUGAAUCAAGACAAGUUGAUGAUCAAGCAUUAUAUCAAAAUGACAUUGAAGAAAUAAAAGAGCCAAAAAAAAAUAUUGAAAAAAAAAAAACUAAAACAAAUCAACCAAAAAUAAUAAGUGAUACAAAUUUUACUGAAAAAAUAAGAAGACCACCAAAUGCAUUUAUGGUAUUUGCAAAUGAAUGGAGACGUAAAUUGGCAUUUAAAUAUCCUGGUAAUAGUAAUACUGAAAUAUCAGUAAGACUUGGAGUAAUGUGGAAGAGUCUUGAUGAUGAAUCAAAAACUUCGUACUAUGCAUUGGCUAAACAAUUAAAUGAGGAGCACAAAAAAAAAUAUCCCGGAUAUUUUUAUAGUCCAAAAGAAGCAAGAAUGAGAAAACAUCUACGACAGGAUCUUAUGCUGGGUAGGUGUAUUCCUCAACCUGCAAAGGACGUUGAUGCACUUGGACUUGUUUUUCUAAAUGGUACUGAUAAUCAGGAUUCAGCUGAAAAAAAAUCCCAAGACUGAUAAGGAAAGAUACAAAUUAAUAACUAAAAUUAAAGCAAUUUAAUUUACAACUUAAAUUAAAAUGACAAAAUAUAAUUUUUAAAAUGAUUUUUAUAUAAAAAAAAAAUAACUGCGAUAUUGAUUUUUAUCAAUAAUCAAAUUUAUUUAUUUCUUUUUUGUUGAGAUUUUCUUUUUUUUCUAUUUGUAUACAUUUUUUUUUAUAUAUAUUUCAUUUAACAUUAUUAUUAAUAAUUAAAUUUUUAUGAUUUAUUUAAUAUUAUUAUUAUUAUUAUUGUAUUUUGAAUUAAACGGAAGCAAAAAGUUUACGUGCAGUAAUUAUUAUUAAUGUACAUUGUUUUUUAAUUGGAAUUUUAUUUUUUUUUUUUAAAUUCCAGUUAUUCAAUUGAAAUUAGUUUGUUUUUUUUUUUUUCGUUUGUAUAAACUAAAAUCAUAUUUUAAUUAUUAAGUAGAGCACUAUUUCUUCGGCCUUAAUGAUUUAAUUUUUUUUUUUUGAAGUGACUCAUGCUUGAGUCAUGUCAGUUUAUUUAAUACUAUCAAAUAAAAUUAUUUAUUUCUUUUUUUAAUUUUUGUUUAAUAAAUUAUUCACAUUUUUAAAUUUUCAUUGUUCAAUGAGUGAUAUGCAAUUUAUUAAAGAGAAAAUAACACUAACUGACUACUUAACUUGAAAAUUAAUUAAAAAACAAAAAUGAGAUUAUACAGUAUAUAAAUAAAAUCAGCAAAAUUUGUUAGCUAGUCAUAAGUAAAAAAUAAAAAUUAACAUUUGUCUCGAAAUAUAUAUUUUGUUCCCAUUGAAUUUUUUAAAUAUAUUAAGUCUUAAUUAUUGCAGUUGAAAAAAAACAAAUAUCAUUGCUAAAUUAUUAUUCAUUAAAACGUAAAAUAUAAAUUUAUUAUUUUGUGAAUUUAAUCAAAAAUUAUAAAUAUUACAAUGCCUUUGGUAAAUUAAUGUAAAUCCUAGCGAAUGUUUUUUUAUUUUUCUGUUUUAUUUUUAUUUUUUUUACACCUAAAGUUUACGUUACAAUUAAUAAGUAUCUAAAUGGUCUAAUUUAGCAUGAACACGAGGACAUAUUCUUAUAUAUAUUUAUAUAUUUAUAUGUAAAUAAAUAUCAUUACUGCAAUAAAAGAAAGGCGUAAGUAUAAUUUUUA